CCCCCCGACCCUGCUGCGCCCGGGCCAUGGCCGUGGACAGGCGGCGCGAGGCUGCGGGCAGCGGGCCCGGGAGGCAGCCGGCCACGGGCGAGGAGAACGGGGCCCUCCCGGCCAGGGACGCGCCUGCCGCGGCGGCCACUGCGUCCUCGGGGCUCUCCGGGGACCCGCACCCCGGCGCGCCGAGCCUGCUGCUGCUGGACUACGACGGGUCGGUGCUGCCCUUCCUGGGGGGCCUGGGCGGCGGCUACCAGAAGACCCUGGUGGUCCUCACCUGGGUGCCCGCGCUCUUCAUCGGCUUCAGCCAGUUCUCCGACUCCUUCUUGCUGGAUCAGCCCGACUACUGGUGCCGCGGGGCCGGCCAGGACUCGGAGCCCGCCUCGGGGGUCACGGUGCCUGGACGCUGGGGCGCGGGCGACUUGGCCAACUGGACCUACCCGGCCACGACCCCCUUCUCCACGGCCUCCUGGGGGCCCACGGAUCGCCGGGGCAAUGGCAGCGGCUUGGCCGGGCCGGACACGCCGCCCCUGGAGUCCCCGCCGGACCAGGGGGAGAACGCGUCCAGCUGUGAGUGUCACGCGUGGGAAUACCGCAUCCGCUCGGGCCUCGUCCAGAACGUGGUCAGCAAGUGGGACCUGGUGUGUGACAAUGCCUGGAAGGUCCACAUCGCCAAGUUCUCGCUCCUGGUCGGACUGAUCUUUGGUUACCUGAUCACUGGCUGCAUCGCCGACUGGGUGGGCCGGCGGCCUGUCCUCCUCCUCUCCAUCAUCUUCAUCCUGCUCUUCGGGCUGACGGUGGCGCUCUCCGUGAACAUCACCAUGUUCAGCACCCUGCGCUUCUUCGAGGGCUUCUGCCUGGCCGGUAUCAUCCUCACACUCUACGCGCUGCGGAUUGAGCUGUGUCCACCAGGAAAGCGCUUCAUGGUCACUAUGGUGGCCAGCUUCGUGGCCAUGGCCGGCCAGUUCCUCAUGCCGGGGCUUGCCGCGCUGUGCCGGGACUGGCAGGUCCUGCAGGCCCUCAUCAUCUGCCCAUUCCUGCUCAUGCUGCUCUACUGGUCCAGGAUCUUCCCCGAGUCCUUGCGCUGGCUCAUGGCCACCCAGCAGUUUGAGUCGGCCAAAAAGCUGGUCCUACACUUCACCCAGAAGAACUGCAUGAGCCCCGAGAGUGACAUUAAAGGCAUCAUGCCUGAGCUGGAGAAGGAGCUGUCUCGGAGGCCCAAGAAGGUCUGCAUCGUGAAGGUGGUGGGGACCCGCAACCUGUGGAAGAACAUCGUGGUCCUGUGUGUGAACUCGCUGACGGGCUACGGCAUCCACCACUGCUUUGCCCGGAGCAUGAUGGGCCACGAGGUGAAGGUGCCGCUGCUGAAGAACUUCUACGCCGACUACUACACCGUGGCCAGCAUCGCGCUGGCCUCCUGCCUGGCCAUGUGUCUGGUGGUCCGAAUGCUCGGCCGCCGCGGGGGGCUUCUGCUCUUCAUGAUCCUCACAGCCCUCGCCUCACUCCUGCAGCUCGGGCUCCUCAACUUGAUCGGAAAGUACAGCCAGCACCCCGACUCAGAGUUGCAGCUGAAGUUGGCCGUAGGAAUGAGCGACAGCGUGAAAGACAAGUUCUCCGUCGCCUUCUCCGUUGUGGGCAUGUUUGCGUCCCAUGCUGUGGGCAGCCUGAGCGUCUUCUUCUGCGCUGAGAUCACCCCCACAGUCAUAAGGUGCGGCGGCCUGGGCCUAGUGCUGGCCAGCGCGGGCUUCGGGAUGCUGACGGCGCCCAUCAUUGAGCUGCACAACCAGAAGGGCUACUUCCUGCACCACGUGCUGUUCGCCUGCUGCACCCUCAUCUGCAUCACCUGCAUCCUACUGCUGCCCGAGAGCCGAGGCCAGGCCCUGCCCGAGAACCUGGCGGGCGGCGAGCACUACACCCGCCAGCCGCUGCUGCCCCACAGGAAGGGCGAGCAACCUCUGCUGCUCACCAACGCCGAGCUCAAGGACUACUCGGGGCUGCACGACGCGGCCGCCACCGCCGACGGGCUGCCCGAUGGUGCCACGGCCAACGGCACGCGGUCCCUGUAGGCAGGGAGGGUGAGGAAGGGCCAGCCGGGUGGGCAGCCCGGGCCUUCGGGGACUUUUCUUUUCCUGCCAUGGGACGUUUCUAUUUAUUUUGGGUCAUUUCGACAAGAAGCACUUUACACCCGACUGGCCGAGCCCAGCCCAGCCAGGGGGGCCCUCUUGGGCCAGGGAAGGCCGGGACCAGGCCUGGAAGGGAGAGGGAGACGCCCGUGGUCACUCUGGCCACCCUUCACUGUUGAGAGGAGUCGCCCCUCUGCACCCCGAAGGCCGAGAGAUGGGGACGCAGGAGGACCAGACGCCCCAUGGGCACCACCGCUGCCCGGCUGGUUGCAUUCGCCCUUGGUGGGCAUCCCGGGCAGCAGGGCCCGGCUUUGGCACCGGUCGCCGUGGGGCAGCCCACGUCUCCUCGAGCACACACCAUAGACAUCACCAGCUGCAGCGGCCACUCGCCGGCGUCUCACUCACUGGACAGCGAGCGGCCCCCCAGGCGGGGCAGUGUGCGGGGCGUGGAAGUGGGGCCCCCCCUAGAAAGCGUGAGACUGACCGACAAACGGAGAGAAGCAAUAACUCACCAAAGCUUACCUCCUACCCCGCCCACCUGCCGUGCACCCACCCGCUUCCUCCUCCUCUUCUUCCUUCAGCUCAGGCUGCUUCUAUCUGAGGGCACCCCUGGGCCAUGCCAAGACCCCACAGUUUGGGGGUCUUUCCCAGGCUUGGGCCCCUUUUCCCUCCCUCCCUGUCAUGACAUAUGUUCUCGCCCAGAAAUAAGGGGGAGCCAGGAGAGGGGCUGACCGUCACCCCCACCCCCUGUCCUCCCUACAGCACCCAGACCAGCAGACACCAGGAGCACAGCGCGGGGAGGACCGUGGAAAGGGGGAGACACUGUCCCGGCCAUGUGCUCAGGGCCUGCCAGGAAGGGAGGGCUCUGCCCGUUUCUGCAGCCCUGACUCCACUCUCUGGGCCCUUGUCCGUGUUGUGUCUGUCUGUUUGUCCAUCCUGCCGUCCGUCCAUCCAGAGGCGCUUCCACCGUGCAGCCCACCUUCGCGUGCCAAAACACAUACCUUUUGCCCUUUUGUUUUUUUAAGCACUCGCUACAGAGUCACCGGGACACAGCCAGGCAGCGAGUGGGUGGGGGUGUGUGUGGGAGAGCCCAUGAGUGUGGGGGGGCCUGUUCCUGAGUCUGGGGUCCCCUGCCAGGGUCCCCCACAGGACCAGCUUGCUCCGCCCUGUGCUGAUAUCAGCCAUCAGUGACCGGGAACCCACGUCCUGACACAAGGCGGCCGAGUAAGGGGGCACCGGUGCUCUGCGAAACAUCGCCCAGGCUGCAUAGCUGCCCAAUGGGCUGAGCCUGGGGAUCCCUGAACCCCCUAACCCACCUAUUCUGCUCCCCCCUUGUUGCCUGCCAACACCUCUGGCCUUGCUCUUCCUGCCACCCCACGGGGAGCUCCGGGGCCCUUCCAGGACAGGCCCAGAGACCCCCAAAGAGCCGGGCAGUGUGAGCUCUGGUUCUGCACGGUUCCUCUUGCUCCAAGAUCCCCAAGCAUUAGCACCCAAACAAACAGAGAAAGCUCUGGACAUUCUGUCCUCAAAAAAGUAUGCCCGCUCGCCCACUUGCCCGCUGGAGGAGGACAGGGCAGUGGGUCUGCCUCAGAACUGAGAAAAAUUUAGGCUCGGCCAGGCAGUCGAGCCCUCACUGUCGCUUCCCAGAGCCGAAUGAGCAGACGGGGUGCUGCGAAGCCAGAGUGUGGGCCCUCCCCCUGAUCAGGCCCCCUUUCCUCACUGUCCUCUCUCGAUGUGCCCCCCAGCCACGCCACCCCUCACCCCUCCCGCCCCUUCUCUGUGGAACCACCUCUCUGUAAUGUGGCCGGGCCUCCUCAUACAUAGCACAAGUCCAGACCGAGUUCUGAAGCGUCGUCGUGGGUGGAAGGGGCGUGUCUGCAUGACGUCCCGUGUCGCCUCUGGGGGUUUGUAUGUAGAUGUACAGAACCAAGCGCUGCCCCCCCACAGCUUCUCCUCCGGAACGCCCUCCCUACCUCAUCGACGGCACCCGCCGAAGGGCAUUUCACCACCAUCGGCCGCAGUAAUAAACUCGACAUGCUGA